GUUCUCUGGCACCGAACCGGGCUUCAAGUCUGCGACGACCCCGUGUGACUGGCUGCAGGCCUAGGGAGGACAGCCAUGGACCCACCUGUCCAGCAGAGUCAGACUGCUGUAGCUGGGCAGGGUCCCCAGGCACAGAUUCCAGUAAGUGCAAAGACAUCUACUGACCGUGGAGAGGGUUGUGUGGCCUUUAGUGAUGUGGCUAUCUACUUCCUGAGGGAGGAAUGGACACUACUUGAUGACUCUCAGAGGCGUCUAUACCACCAUGUGAUGAUGGAGGUCUUUGUUCUCAUGUCCUCAUUGGGACUCAUACCUUCUGGAACCUGUGACAUCACUCAGCUGGAGUCUUCAGGAUAUCCUUUCAUCCCUGCACUGAGAUUCUUGACUCCAAGAGUUGAGGUUGAAAAGAUAUCUUGUGAGCAGAGUGUUUCUUCGGAAGGAGGGCGUAAUGCAACCAUGCUUCAAAGCCAACAUCUGGGCCGUGCUGAGAAACCCUUAAGGAGAACAGAGCACAGAAUUCCAGUUACAAAGAGCAACAGAAGUGACCUGUCCAAGAAGACUUUAGAAAGCACAGACAACACUCCCUCAGGUCUUGUCAGGAAUUCUGUGACUCGCAGUCACGGGGAGCCACCCAGGAGCACCAAGAGAGGAGAGACCUCUCCCAGCAAGGAGAGAAAAUGCCAAUGCAGCGACUGUGGCAAAGCCUUCAGUUGUAAGUCUCUGCUCAUCCGACACCGGAGGAUACACACGGGAGAAAAGCCUUUUAAGUGCAGCGAAUGUGGAAAGUCCUUCAUCCAAAAUGCUGAUCUGAAUCAACACUGUAAAGUUCACACGGGAGAAAAGCCUUUUAAGUGCAGUGAAUGUGGGAAAGAGUUCAAACAUAACCGUUCCCUUGUCGGGCAUCAGAGAAUUCACACUGGAGAAAGGCCGUAUAAGUGCAACCAGUGUGGAGAUUCAUACAUGAACAGGUCUAGCCUCAUGCAGCACUAUCGGGUUCACACUGGAGAGAAGCCUUACAAAUGCAGUGAUUGUGGGAAAUCAUUUAAGGAAAGGUCCAGCCUCGUUUAUCAUGCCCGAGCGCACACUGGAGAGAGACCUUUUGAGUGCAGGGAAUGUAAGAAGUGUUUUAAAAAGAACUCGCACCUCACGAAACACCUAAAAGUUCACAGCAUAGGAAAACCUUUCAAGUGUAAUGUGUGUGGGAGAGUCUUUACUGCGAAGUACAGCCUCAUUAAACAUCAGAGAUUUCACACUGCAGCCAAGCAUCAUGAGUGCAAGGAAUGCGGGAAAGUGUUUUGCUACAGAACUGGACUUUCUAGACACCGGAAGACUCAUAAUGAAAGUAGUAUUGAGGGUAGUGAACACGGGAAAUCUUCAUGAUCUACCCUAUCCAUGCAAGAGAAUGCUCACUGGAAGAAAAUCAAGAAUGCCACAAAUGGGAGGAGUCUCCCCCCGCCACACACACACUUCUAUCCUGUUUACCUGAAGAGGCCAUGAUGCUGGGAUACAUCAUGAACCCACUGACUGUGGGAAGGCUCUUGUGCAAAGGUCUGGUCAUAGCAACAGACACAUGACCCAGAUAGGGUUGUGAAUGCAGAGGAUGCAGAGAGACUUCAGCCACUGGCCAACCUUGCCAAGCCAUAGAAGUGUACCUGACUUUGAACAGAAGUCCUGAGAGUGGCCUUUGUGAAGAAGCCAGCCAUUGAAAGUUACUCAUCGAAUAAGAACAUCGGGACAAGAUGAUUAUUGCCGUCUUCCAGUUGCUAAGGAGUUAAUGCCUUCGGAGGAUUUAGCAAGAGGAAACUCUGCAUUCUUGCCUACAGCAGUGUGAAGUGGAGUUUCCCCGUGACUGCGUUUGAAUGUGGCGGAAACAGAGUGGUCUCCAUCUAAAUAAGACACAUUUUUGUUGUUGUUUUGGCUGCUCACUUGCUUUUUUUUUUUUUCUUUCUUUCACUGAAUGUUGCAGUCCCUGGCAUGAAUGACUGUUGUAAGGUCUUCAUGACCAUUGUGCUCCUAAGUGUCACUAGUUUUGUUGGGGACCAGCUCUGUGUAGCACCAUAUGCUCUCAUGUAAAAGUGCAGCCCUUAUGUUUUAGGUAUUUGUUGCCUUUUCAGGUGUGAGUAUUUUGUCUGCAUAUAUUUAUAUACACUGAGUACAUGCCUGGUGACUAUGAAGGCUCAAAAAAGAUAUUGGAUCCCCGUAACUAGAAUUACAGAUGGUUAUGAACCAGUGUGUUUUUUGAAAAUGGAACCCAGGUCUGCAAGAGCAGCAUGUGGUCUCACACUGGGCCCUUUCUCCAGCCCAUGUUUUAAGUUUUUAAAAAGUUACUAGAUGAGGGCUAGAGAGAUGACACAGAGUUUAAGAGCACUGGCUGUUCUUCCAGAGGUCCUGAGUUCAAUUCCCAGCAACCACAUAGUGGCUCACAACCACCUAUAAUGAAAUCUGGUGCCCUCUUCUGGCUUGCAGGCACACAUUCAGGCAGAACACUGUUUUGCAUAAUAAAUAAAUAUAUCUUUUAAAAAGUUACUAGAUUCUGUUCUAAGUGGUUGCGUGUUUCAGAUUUCCUCCUGGAGUAUAUCAGAUGCCAGUUUGUCACAUCUCCCCUGAUGAUUUGUAAGUUGUGAGGUGUUUACUUGAAUCAUUUUAAUAGUUCUGCAGUAGCAUUCAUUGUAGUGUUAAUUUUGCAUUAUUCUUGUAUUACUGUAAAGACUUGCCUAAUUUUGUGGGUUUGUGUUAGAGCCUCCAUGUAUGUGUGUGCACCACAGGCAUGUCUGCUACCCUUGUGGGUCCUUGUGAAUUUCUAUGUGGAUCAUGGUAAUAAAACCAAGGUUUUCUGCAAGAACAGCAGCUGCUGUUAGACCGUGGGCAAUUUCUCUGUCCUUCUCAUCCAAGUUUUCUUUCUUUUCUUUCUUAUUUCUUUAUUCCUUCUUUCCUUCCUUUUCUAGACCUACUCUCACUGUCUAGUCCUAAAUAACCUGGAACUCUCUGUGUAGAUCAGGCUGGCCUAGAACUCACAGAGGUCCACAUCCUCUGCCUCUCAAAUGCUGGGAUUAAAGAUGUGAGCUAUCACACCCAGCACACACAUUUUCUUUUUUGCUAAUUUUCUUUCAUUAUUACUUUUUUCGUUUUUUGUCUUUAUGUGUGCUUAUCAAAAUGCAAACAAAAAAAUUAAGCAACAAACAACAACAAAAACAAAACAAAGCAAAAUAAAACACACACACACACACAAAACCUUGUUUCCAAGCAGGGGAGUGGGGGCUCAUGUCUUCAAUCUAAGAACUCAGAGACACAGACAGGUGAAUCUGUGAGUUCGAGUGCAGUCUCGUCUAUAUAAUGAAUUCUAGUGCUACAUAGUAGCUUUCUCACACGCACACAAGAAUAGAAAGAGAAAGAAAAAUAAAACUUGUUUUGUGAAUCUGUUUUGAAAGAUUUUUAUAUUUCUGAGAAAAAUGUCAAAGCCUAUGGAUUUUGUCUUCCUUUUUUAUGUUGGGAGAGGGUCUCCUGAUCCCAGGGUGCCCUCAAACUCUGGAUUCUCCUUCCUCAAUCCCCUGAGAAUUGAGAUUGCAUGUGUGCCAACAUGCCCAGC